AUGAGUGAAAUUCAUCAGUGCCUCCGCUUCUCCAUGCUUAUGUGUCGUUGGGUGGGAUUCUUUCCUGUGGAGGGAUUGCACCAACCUACAAUAUCUGGACUCAGGUAUAACUUAAAAGGUAUCUACGGAAUAUGCUAUGUUGUAAUCACAUUGGUUGGUAUUAUACUAGGAAUAUUGAAUGUUAUUCAUUUUGUUAAUAAUAGAUUGACAUUAGAGACUGUUGACUUUUUUAUAUACUAUUCAACUGGAUUUUUAACAAUGGUAAUAUUGGCCAAUUUCUCAAGACACUGGCCAGUGUUUGUUAGGAAAAUGACAGAAAUAGAAUACUUACUUCAGGAGAUACGCAGUUCAAAAAAGACAGACAAGUAUUGUAACAUCUUAGCGUCGAUUAUCGCGCACGCUCAAGUUGCAUUUUUGAAGAGCUUCACAGACGUGUUGAUAAUCAGUUUCAGUUUAUACCUGAUCUCAUACUUCCAGGACUUGAAUAAAUGUAUACACAGUCGCCAAAACAACGGAUCCUGGGAAAGAUUCCGUAUUCAUUAUACUCGCGUGGUGGAACUCGUGACCCAAGUGAAUGCAAGGUUGUCUGUCUUCAUCCUGCUAUCAUUUAUCGGGCACAUAUUUUAUAUAUGUACCCAAAUCUUUCAUAUAUUGAUAGCAUCGCAUUCAAACUCUAAAUUAAGUUACUGCGACAAAGAUAUUAUUGAAAAAAUUCACAAGUCGCCAACAUAUUUGGCAUAUUUUGUGCAUUCGCUUUGGUUCCUUUUUAUGAAGUUUGUAGUUACAUCGUUGUUAGCUGCCAAUGUUAGCUUGGUGGCCAGGAAGCCGCUGAUAGAACUGGACACAAUCCCAUCUUCCGAAUACUCUCUUGAGGUGCAACGAUUUCGUAUGCGGAUUCAGAAAAAUCCCGUUGCAAUUGGUGGUCUACUGUUUUUCGUUACUCGUCCAAUGUUACUUCAGGUUGUGGGCAGCAUAUUAACCUAUGAAUUAGUAUUACUGCAGUUUCAUUAA